AGGUGUGUUCACACUCACAGUGCCUGUGCACCCCGUGUCACGCGCCAGCCACUCGGAGUCCAAGAUAGACGUGGGUGGCUGUGUAAACGAGAAAAAAGCGAAAGAAGGAAGAGUGGAGGCAAACGAUCCUACUCGUGUUCUCCUUGGAGGAGUCGGUGCGCGAACAAUCGCCUCGAUUUACCAACCAUCCCUUCCCGAACAAGCUCGAGACAGUCAAGGCUCGAGACUCGCUAUCCGUCGUGUCGCUGUCUGAAGGGGUAGGCUCUGUAUAUCGGCGAGCAAACGAAAAGCGUAGAACGCGUGAACUCGCUCAUCGAGAGAGUUGUUAACCGUUUUCCGGCUGAGAAUGGUCCAAAGGUUCUGCACUAGCGUGGCUGCACUUAGCCUCGCCCUAAGUACAUGCGUUGUUUUUCCGCGUGCCGUCAUGGCGAUCGAGUUGAGUCGAUUUUACGGUCACAUGCACUCGAAGCGUACAGACAGCGCUUGCCGUCCGUACGAGCCGUUCAAAUGCCCUGGAGACGGCGUGUGUAUCUCGAUUCAGUACCUCUGCGACGGAGCCCCGGAUUGCCAGGACGGUUACGACGAAGAUACGCGACUGUGCACCGCUGCUAAAAGACCGCCGGUAGAGGAAACUGCUAGUUUUUUGCAGUCGCUGUUGGCAGGUCACGGACCUAAUUAUCUCGAGAAAUUGUUCGGGACCAAGGCGCGAGACACGCUGAAACCGCUCGGUGGAGUGGACAUGGUGGCUAUAGCACUUUCGGAAUCGCAGACGAUCGAAGACUUUGGCGCCGCCCUGCACCUGAUGCGCUCCGAUCUCGAGCAUCUACGCUCGGUAUUCAUGGCGGUGGAGAAUGGCGAUCUGGGUAUGCUAAAAUCCAUCGGAAUAAAAGACUCGGAGUUGGGCGACGUGAAGUUCUUCCUUGAGAAACUGGUCAACACCGGAUUCCUUGACUGAAUGGGCAUCCCUCUGGGACAACAUCGCGGAGGCGUUUUCACGUUGGCUGUAUCGUAUUACAAACGCACUAUCUUGUCGCUUGAAGCCUCGAAUUCAUCGGUGGAUCCGUUUCGCGAAACGAUCCUCACCUAUCACACCUCUGCGCCCCAUUUCGUUCCACCUCCUUCCGUUUCCACUUGGCUCGCUUCCUUUCGAUGUCUUCUUGUCGCUCUUGCUUUUCAAACGAUACCGACGAGCACCGAGAUUUAACGUCCAGAUAUCAGAUAUAUAUAUAUACGUGUAUAUCCUGUUCGUUCCCGAGUGGCAUGGGAGCACCGAACGUUUAUUAAACUUUUCAGCGAAAUGUCAAGGGUCGACAAGCUCGCGUAUCUCUGUGGCCCUUUAUCGACGCGACUCUCGUUCUCGUGUCACGGAACGCUACAGUCGCUCACAGAGAAACGAGAAACCAGAGAUGGGCAAAUUUUUUAUCCGAAUACUCUUCGUCCGUUAUUUCCUCAACGAAUAUUACGAUCUGAAUUAUGAAACGAAAGUAUAUUUCUUAAACGAUGUACGAUUCGAAUAAAUUGCCACGCGACAUGUCUACGUUCGAGAGUAAUUUUUGCCCAACUCUGCCGAAAAGAACAACACCGGGCCGAAACGGUAUCGCGACGAUGAGAGGUCGCGCACGCAUCGAGUAACCAAGUCAGAAGCUUGGUAAUUGCCGGGUCAAUUAAUUAUAUUUUGCCCGGGCAACAUCGUUCGGGCGUCACGCAGCAGACGAUCGAUACUAAUUAACGUCGUUUACUUUCCCUGGACGACAUGGCGUCGCCGUUACGCGGCAUGCGAUCCGUUAUCCAAAACAUGAAACCGCAUACGUUGACGCCCACAGGAAUUACGGCCCCCGGUUACAUUGGAAUAGUUUCUUUCGCUGAAAAUGAAAUUACGAAAUAGUGUCUUAUUUCAAAUAUUACAGCAUUUUCGUACCCAUCGAUCGGUUCUUUUAACGCGAGUGCUCGCAUAACAGAUCCGUUUCAACCGAUAAUGAAUAUUUCAAACGAAUCCGAAUAAAACGUUCUCGCAUCUCGUUGAAUAAUUUAUCGUCGAGGAUCGUGUCGUUUCCGAGUUGAAAUGGAAAAUUCGAAACUUUCCUCGUUGCUGUACGUUUUGUUCGCGCUCCAUGCUUCGCGUGUAUUCAAUGAUUGUGAGAAUCGAGUAUGCGCUGAUUUGAUCAAAUUCAAAUUUUAUCGUCGUCAGGCUCCCAUGCGUUCUUGUCAGUGCCGAAAUUAGAAUCUUAUGAAUAUAAACUCUUGAGGUACAGUUCCAAUCGUACAGUACAAGUAUACGUUAUACUAAUUGAAACUUGAAGUUAAAGCUCAUAUUUAACCGGCGCUGGUUAUACUGUAUACCUGAUCGCAUUAUUUGUGGCAGAUUUGUUUCCACGUGAAUGGCACAACGGUAAACAAUUGUUAUCGUAAAAAUUGAAAUGCCACGUGAAAGUAACCUUAACGGAUAUGUUUUGUUCGUAUGUACAUCGAUCAUACUUUUCCAAGUAUUUUUCAUUAUUAUCUCGUACGGAGGUCCAUCUCGGAAAAGUCAAUUGAAAUUGUAGGAGAAAAGUUGCGUGGGUAUCGUUAGCGAUCCACUUGAUCAUAACGAAUCAUCUCCCAUCGGUUUGCACCGUGUAUUUUAGGAAACUCUGUAGAUUUAUACGUUGCCUACUGCACCUACAUGUUUGCGAACCAACGAUUACUGCUGGUACAGUACACGCCUCACAAACUUGUUUGAUCAAAAACUGCUUUUCGGUGGAUGGAUGUCGAACCGUUUGUUAUCGUGAUUAUUGAAAGAGGUGUCGCAGAACGCUGCAACCAAUCGAUUUUUAGUCGAAUAUAAAUACACGAAUAACUUAUGUAUACUCGUAAAUCAGCACAGACGCAUAUAUACGUGUAUACAGUAUGAUCUAGACCAAAGGUUGAAGAAUCGAGGGGUGCGUAGUGCUCGCAAAACUUAGAAACAAAUCACAGAUUACCCGAAACGGGGUGACGUACGUUAAGUAGAUGUCUUUUCGAUGUAUAUCUGUGACCACUAUUUACCUUCGAGUCUUUUAACUUCUAUACCGAUCGUUCUGUAUAUAUGAGAACGUAUACAUAUAUCUAUUUUAAGAAUGAUAAUCGAAGCAGGUACAAAUCGAGCAUAUCGCAUCGCGUUCCUUCAGGGUAUAACGCGCACCUUACUUAAGAGACAAAAGAAUUUAGUAUACUGUGCUAUGGUGUAUUAAUAUUUUCAUUACGGUAACGCAACACAUAUCAAUCUAGAUACAUAUCAGUAAUUUUAAUGGAGAUGAGUGCCGAAUUCUCUCAGGGAGCGCCAGGUUCUCCGUUUUAGUCUAUAUCAUUUGACGAAUGAAAAUCAAAUAGAAUACGUACGCAAGCACAGACACGGGGAACAACAACUAUGGCUACCAACCCUCGAGAGACAUUCCCUUCGACGAUGAAAAACAUACAUAUCUCUACCUACUAAGCGUAAUCUUCUAGUCAAUCAAAUGACAUAUCUUUUAAUUAAAUAUAAUUGAUUAUAUAUAUAUAUAUACAUAUAAAUACAUAUGGAUCGACAGAGAGCCACUUUUAUCAGAUAGUAGAUAUAUAUGUAUAUAUACAUAUCGAUAUCUAUAUAUAUAUAUAUAUAUAUAUAUAUUUACACACAUAUAAUAAUAUUUUGGUAUAUAAAUAAAAAAGUGAAAAAAGUGGAGAAAAGAAAGGAUGAUACGUGUGUAAAACGUUCCCUCCAGAUGUCAAUUACGGUCCAAAGUAGGGCCUGGACCGAGGACAGAAUCCGAGGGAAAGUGUCGCGUAAGCUUUAGGAAUGAAAUGUUUCCAAAGGAUCAAGGUGCUCUGAAUCUCCGCUCGUGAGCGCUUUGAUCCUUUUUGUCCCUCUUACUCUCCCCCAAGUCCCACGUUCGCCGUUAUAUUUAAGAGAACACUUCGAUGGUAAUUCGAAUUUUAGACCCAAAUCCACCCACUGUUGUGCGCAGAGUGAAAGUUUUCAUCGCUUUUGAAGCGACGAGUCUUCGAUGCUCGUACACGCCACAUUGCAUCAACUUUAAUAAUUUACAAUACAUCGUGGUAUCCGUUUUCUAUCGCUCGACGAAAGACAAUCGAGAAAUUCUGUCCAUAUUCGAUGUGUUCACAGUCCGUUAUUAGAUCAGGCCAAUCAGGGUUGGCUUGCAUGGAUCUCUUCGUUACAUUAAUUAAUAGAGAAGACACGAGCAUAACUUUCUAUAGAUUUCUAGUUUAAAAACAAGGAAUGCACAUUCUACAAAUGAUUUUUUCUUGUAAACGAAUUUUACCGUUAAAAAUAAUCGGAUCUCUUAAUGUUUAAAUUCCUGUCUUUCUCAUUGAGAAAAUUUACCCUUCUCUAAUUAUCUAACGAUAAUCUCGCUUAGAAUCAAAUACAAUCGUGGACUGUGAACAUAUUAAUUUUAUCGAUUUGUUCAAAUUUCUGUACGUGGGUACGUUGCAAAAAUGAUAAUAUUGCAGUUCUUGAAGUUAGAUCGAAUACGGCAAUUCAAAACGAUUUCAAUCGAUGUCUUCAAUGAACGAAACGUAUUGGAAUAAUUACAAACCGUUGAAUAUAACAGAAUGAUUCUACGCGAUCCGUCCAUAACAUUCGACUAGAAAUCACCAAUUAAUCGUGAAACGAAGAUAUCAAAUUUUAGAAGAAUUCGAUCCAACUCCUUCAAAGCACAUGCUUUUGCAAAAGAUAUUGGAUAAUGUUUUGUAGCGUGAAUAAGCAUCGGAUCUUGUCGCUGCUCGAUGAAGUGUACAGCGCCCCUCCCCUCUCCCAUACGUAUUCAUAUAAAAACAUAUUGACCAUCGUAAUUAUCAGAAUUUCAACAAUGUGAUAAUUAUAAUGAAAAAUCACACGCCGUUUGUGUCUAUGUUAUUUUCUCGACUUCUAAUUGUUCUACUGCCAAAGCAUUCUUAUUAUAUGGCAACUGCGACGUACCGUACACUUGUAAGUGAAUCUUGCUUCUUAAAGUUUUGUACUUCUAUUAAUUGACAAAUACAAUGUUCGUGGAAGAUAAGUUUUAGUGCGCGAUUGAUCAUUAAAUAAAGUGAACGUUUCUUCAGUUUUA